CAUUUGACGUGGAGGUGUGUUAGCCUGUACAAACAUGGUGAGGAAAAGUAAGAGAAGAGCUGAUGCAGCCACUAAACCUACUAAAGAAGAUGAUGUUACUAGCAAGAGACCUCUGAAAAGACUGAGAAAAGCUAUUAUUGAUUCUGAAACUACUCCAGAAGAGGUAGUAUCAAACAAGAAAAUAGUUGAAGAUGAAAAAGCGAUGCUGCAAAAGAACCUGUUCCAACUCCUAAAGUGAGGAAACCUUGUACAUGGCUUAAGCUUGACAGGCUUAACCCUGAAUUUGGAAGCAAAUCUCUUGAGAGUUCUAAACAAGGCAAAGAAGCCAAGCCUGCUGCUACAGUAAAAUCCCCGGGAAACAAUAAGAGUAAGAGAAUUGACAAAUUUGAAGAAAAACGUAAUUCCCAUCCGGUUACUGAUGAAGAGAAAAAUUUACGUCACCAUAGGAAGGAAGCAGAGCCUUCCGCAGAAGUCGAAACCUCAGGAGACAAUAAGAGGAAGGGAGAUGAAAAAAAUGAAAGAAGAAAAGGUCAUUCCCAUUCGUUUACUAAUGAAAAGCUAAAUUCACGUUGCCAUGACAGAGAAAAGACCUUAUCAAAGAAAUUGAUGAUGAAGCUGAGAAAGAACUAGGUGGAUUGAUUUUUAUGUGCAACUCCAAAACCAAACCAGAUUGUUUCAGAUACCAAAUAAUGGGUGUGCCAGCACACAGGAAAAGGUCGUUAUGAGCAUCAAGCCUGGUAUUAAGUUUUUCCUUUAUGAUUAUGAUCUCAAGCUCAUGUAUGGGGUCUUUGAAGCAUCAUCUGCUGGUGGAAUGAAACUUGAGCCAGAAGCUUUUAAUGGGGCUUUCCCAGCUCAGGUCCGUUUCAUUGUUCACAAAGCAUGCCUUCCACUACCUGAGAGUGUGUUCAAGAAAGCAAUCAGAGACAGCUAUGAUGAAAAGAAACGCAAGUUCCAAACAGAGUUGACAGUAAAGCAAGUGAAAAAUCUGAUAGGCGCGUUCAAUCCCGCCCCCUUGCUGCAUCCAAAUGGAAAAUCCAUGGUCCAAGAGCCACCUUUUUACUCAAAUUCACCAGCAACUUCAUUUAAUGAGGAUUACCAGAGGCAAAGACAUUUGAUUAAGUGUAGCAACUCUGAUAUACAAGGAAAGUCUACCCCUUUGCAUCAUGAGAAAGAAUUAUCCGGCAACCAUGUAAUUCAUAGCCCAGUUCCAGUACGAGAUCCGCUUUUCUUUUUCUGA